GCAGGAAGCAUGGCCUCCCCACUCGCCUUCCUUAGCGUAGUCGUGGGAACGCAGCCCACGAGCCGGAAAGCCACGCUACAGGCCUGUGGAGCCACUCCUUCCAAAUAGUGGUUCCUUUAGUGUUCAUUCCGAGACCUUGGGUCAACGGUUAUGACCCACCGCAACCGGAUAAACCUGGUCUAGGCUUCUCACUUGGGUCAGGGGGCCUGUUCCCAUUUUCCCUCUUGAGGGAUGUGCAUGGCGGUUGGAGACUGAUGCCGUGGCUUCACAUGUGGUGAAACUGCUCCGCAGGGAAUGGCUGUGAUGAUAUAUAUCUUGGAAAAGGUCCUGAGAGCGUGGGUGUCAGGUCCAUUGUUUGUUUCACCCCCAGUGUAGAUAUCCGGUCGGUCAUGAUGAUAGGCAUCAUACAUACUCUGCUGUUACGGUUGUGGUGUCGGGUUAGGAAGAUUCUGGCCCGUAUAGGCUUGGCCUUUCCUGACGAAGAGGUCUAUCUUUUGGAUCGCAAUCCCAAGGAAGCAGCGAGACUCAACUCUCAACAUAACUUUCUCGUCGAUUUAAUUGGGGGCAGGCCCGUCCAUCCUGCCAUUCCAACAGAGAACCUCACGGCCGUAGCAGAUGUUGCAACGGGAACCGGAAUAUGGCUCUCCUCCCUCAUCACGGCCCCCAAAGCAUACCCCGCCAAUCGUCUCUACCUCCACGGCUUCGAUAUCUCCUCCACUCAAUUCCCCUUAUCCAAGGAUAUUACUCCCAGCCAUGAACUCCACCUCUCGGUCCAUGACGCCCGCGAUCGAUUCCCCCCCGAGCACCGAGGGCGGUAUGAUCUAGUACACCUCCGACUGCUUGUCGGCGCCCUCAAAGAAGUAGAUUACCCGCGGACGAUGCGGAACAUCUAUGAGCUGCUGAAGCCAGGAGGCUACCUCCAAUGGGAUGAUUGCGAUACCACGGCCUUCUCAACGGCCGAAUCAUCUCCUGACCCGUUCAUUUCCUGCCUGCAGGAAACUAUUGCGUCAGCUGCGGUGAACCUGGGUCUGUGUCCUAUGGCACCGAUGCUGAUCGAGAAGUUGGCAAACAACAUUGGCUUCGAAGAUGUGUCCCGGCAGUCGUACAACACCAUCGACAAGCCGUAUCUACACGAUGCCGCCCGGACAUGGCUGGUCCAGGUCUUGAGGUCAUUGCUGCCAAAGUCGAUGCUCGGCACGGGGGAGGCGACGGAGGAGAGCGUUGCCGUGGAACGGACAGAGAAAUUGGUGGGGAAGCUACAGAGACAUUGUCAGAAUGUUGUGCCGGUGGUGAACCUGCAUGUUGUCAUUGGGAAGAAGCCUAUAUCUUCUUAAUAUUAGAUAUCAAAUCUGACGACCACAUGAAAUGCACAAUAGCCUAGUUUCUCUUUUGAUAUAAUUUUUCGGACUCACGAGCUUAUCCGAAUGAUGUAUAUAUGCUACACUCACAUAAUGCUGGCGCUUUCAUGUCGCAUUCAUGCACGACGCAAUGACAUCUUAUACCUGUGAAACGUUUACUCCAGACCU